AUGGUGGCCGAGGCAGCAUGUUCCUCCACGGAUUGCCAUGUGCCAAACUCAGCCCAGAGCGUCUCCUUCAGCCCUUCCCACAGGACACCAGACCAAGGGCGGGGCUUGAGCGCGCCACAGCCAAUCAGCGAAGGGUCAGGGCGCCGGGGGCGGGUCCUGAAGCGAGCGGCGGCGGCGGCCAGGCUGGGUCCGAGCAUCCCGCCGCUCCGGACCCGCCCGGCCCGGACAUGGCGAACGUCCGGGCCUCCCUCCGAGGCACGCUGCUGCUUCUGCUGGCCGUGGCUCGGGGUCGCGGAGGUGGCGGGGGGCCUGGCCCCGGGCAGCGCGGGUGCAUUAUGUUGUAAUCAUUCAAAGGAUAAUCAAAUGUGCCGUGAUGUGUGUGAACAGAUUUUCUCCUCAAAAAGUGAAUCCCGACUAAAACAUUUAUUACAACGAGCCCCAGAUUAUUGCCCUGAAACAAUGGUUGAAAUUUGGAGUUGUAUGAAUUCAUCUUUGCCAGGUGUUUUUAAGAAGUCUGAUGGCUGGGUUGGCUUAGGUUGCUGUGAACUGGCUAUUGCCUUGGAAUGUCGACAGGCAUGCAAGCAGGCAUCUUCAAAGAACGAUAUUUCCAAAGUUUGCAGAAAAGAAUAUGAGAAUGCUCUUUUCAGUUGCAUUAGCAGAAAUGAAAUGGGCUCAGUGUGUUGCAGUUAUGCAGGACAUCACACAAACUGCCGAGAAUAUUGUCAAGCCAUUUUUCGAACAGACUCUUCUCCUGGUCCAUCUCAGAUCAAAGCAGUAGAAAAUUAUUGUGCCUCUAUUAGUCCACAAUUAAUACAUUGUGUGAACAAUUAUACCCAGUCUUAUCCAAUGAGGAACCCAACAGAUAGUUUGUAUUGCUGUGACAGAGCUGAAGAUCAUGCUUGCCAAAAUGCCUGCAAGAGAAUUCUGAUGUCUAAGAAAACAGAAAUGGAGAUUGUUGAUGGUCUCAUCGAGGGUUGUAAGACCCAGCCUUUGCCUCAAGAUCCUCUUUGGCAGUGUUUUCUCGAAAGCUCACAAUCUGUUCACCCUGGAGUCACUAUACACCCUCCUCCCUCUACAGGCCUGGAUGGUGCUAAAUUGCAUUGUUGUUCUAAAGCAAACACUUCAACAUGUAGGGAACUGUGCACUAAACUUUAUAGCAUGAGCUGGGGCAAUACGCAGAGUUGGCAAGAAUUUGACCGCUUUUGUGAAUAUAAUCCAGUGGAAGUGUCCAUGUUGACAUGUCUAGCAGAUGUCCGGGAACCUUGUCAGUUGGGUUGUAGAAACCUUACUUACUGUACUAAUUUCAACAACAGGCCAACAGAACUUUUCAGGAGUUGUAAUGCCCAGUCAGAUCAAGGAGCCAUGAAUGACAUGAAGCUGUGGGAAAAAGGAAGCAUAAAAAUGCCAUUUAUCAACAUACCUGUUCUUGAUAUUAAAAAGUGCCAGCCAGAAAUGUGGAAAGCAAUAGCUUGUUCACUGCAAAUUAAACCUUGUCAUAGUAAAUCUCGGGGAAGUAUUAUUUGCAAAUCUGAUUGUGUGGAGAUUCUAAAAAAAUGUGGAGACCAGAACAAAUUCCCUGAAGACCACACAGCUGAAAGUAUUUGUGAGCUUCUAUCACCUACAGAUGACCUGGAGAAUUGUAUACCUUUAGAUACAUACCUCAGGCCAAGUACUUUGGGUAACAUUGUAGAAGUGACUCAUCCCUGUAACCCAAAUCCUUGUCCAGCCAAUGAGCUCUGUGAAGUGAACAGAAAAGGGUGUGCAUCUGGAGAUCCCUGCCUUCCUUACUCUUGUGUUCAAGGUUGCAAAUUGGGAGAAGCUUCUGAUUUUAUCGUCCGUCAAGGGACACUAAUUCAGGUGCCAUCAUCUGCAGGGGAGGUUGGUUGUUAUAAAAUCUGUUCAUGUGGACAGAGUGGACUCUUAGAAAACUGUAUGGAGAUGCAUUGUAUUGACCUGCAGAAGUCUUGUAUUGUUGGAGGAAAAAGAAAAAGUCAUGGAACUACCUUUAGUAUUGACUGCAAUGUCUGUUCUUGUUUUGCUGGUAAUUUGGUGUGUUCCACCCGCCUUUGCCUCAGUGAGCACAGUUCAGAAGAUGACCGUCGCACCUUCACAGGUCUGCCCUGUAACUGUGCAGAUCAGUUUGUCCCUGUGUGUGGGCAGAAUGGACGCACUUAUCCCAGUGCCUGCAUUGCUCGCUGUGUGGGUCUCCAGGACCAUCAGUUUGAGUUUGGAUCAUGCAUCUCAAAGAAUCCAUGUAAUUCUAACCCCUGCCCAAAAAACCAAAGAUGUGUAUCCAGACCACAAGUCUGCCUGACAACUUUUGAUAAAUUUGGAUGUAGCCAGUAUGAAUGUGUGCCAAGACAGCUCGCCUGUGACCAAGUCCGUGAUCCUGUUUGUGACACAGACCACAUGGAACACAAUAAUCUUUGCACUUUAUACCAAAGAGGAAAAAGCCUCUCUUACAGAGGCCCGUGCCAGCCCUUCUGCAGAGCCACAGAGCCCAUCUGUGGGCACAACGGUGAGACCUAUAGUAGCAUGUGUGCUGCCUACUCAGAUCGUGUGGCAGUCGAUUACUAUGGGCCCUGCCAGGCUGUUGGGGUCCUCUCAGAGUACAGUUCUGUCGCUGAGUGUGCUGCGGUGAAGUGUCCUUCGCUCUCUGCGACUGGGUGCAAACCCAUCAUCCCACCCGGUGCUUGUUGCCCAUUAUGUGCUGGAAUGUUAAGAGUUUUAUUUGACAAAGAAAAACUGGACACUAUUGCUAAGGUAACAAACAAAAAGCCAAUAACGGUUCUGGAAAUACUUCAGAAAAUCCGCAUGCAUGUGUCUGUCCCACAGUGUGAUGUAUUUGGAUACUUUAGCAUCGAGUCUGAGAUUGUGGUCCUCAUCAUUCCUGUUGAUCAUCAUCCUAAAGCUUUGCAGAUUGAAGCCUGCAAUAAGGAAGCAGAGAAGAUCGAAUCCCUUAUCAACUCUGACAGCCCCACUCUGGCAUCCCACGUCCCUCUUUCUGCCCUCAUCAUCUCCCAGGUGCAGGUCUCCAGCAGCCUGCCCUCAGCUGGCAUCAGGGCCAGGCCUCCCUGCCACUCCUUCAUCGUCCUCCUCCUCCUCAGCCUGGGCCUUGCCUCGCACUUGCUCUGGACACAUCACUGACUGCCCACAAAAGGUGCAAAGGGUUCCUUGACCCAACUUUCCUACCUUGUGAAAGACAUUCAGGACUGCUGGUCGGUAGUUGAAUAGUGGCCAAGUAAAAGCACAUGUCACCUCUUUUCACCACACAGUAUUUUUUUUUAAUCUACCAAUAUUAGUAGGAUUUUUGUAUUGUUUUCGCAAAUGUUAAAAUACAUUCUUCCAAAUACUAAUGAAAGAGAAAGCUCUUUCUGGUGGAUCACUGCCUCAUGAUUUACAUUUUGCUCAAUAGAUGGGCCCCACUCCAAAGCAAACUCAACAUCACUGGUAAAUAAGAUGCUCAGUUUUUAGAAAGAGAACUCACUUCACUGUCAGGUUCAUAUCUCAGAGACUUCGUUUCAGAGUUCCUUUAAGUAUGAAGGUUGCCAAUGUGUUUGUUAUUGUUUACAAAUACCUACUCUAAAAGCUAGGAAACCCAGUGAAGAACCACUGUUAUUAGUAUGAAAUACAGAGCUUCGAAAUUAUCAUGUAAAUCAUUGGGCAUAUUUAAGCUAAUUUAUAGAAAUUUAAUUCAGGACCCUAUCUAUUGUUCUAAGCAAAAGCAAGUUAACCAAAUGACACUCGUAUAAUUAGGUGUUAUAAGUGACAGUCUUAGUAGUCACUGAUUUGUGCCCCUGACUUUUGUGAAAGAGACAAGUUACAUCACAUCAGAGCAUCUCACAUCAUACAAUUUUUACAUUAACCAGAUAUAUAUUCUUCUAUAUUCAUGGAAUUAAACUUAGAGUUUUUAAGCAUAAAUCUUUAAACCAAUUGCUGCUACUUAUAUGAUUGCCAAAAAGUGAAAUAAUUAGUAAUUCUUGUAAAUAAUACAUGAUUUUUCUAUUUUAUUAUGAAGAAGGUGAAUAGCCAUAUUUGUAAAAUGACAAUCAUGUGUGUUAACCCAGUACUUCCUGUUCAGGAAGACACAUUUGCUUUUUGUGAUGUGCACAAUGUAGAUAAAUAUUCUGUCUGACUUCCUUUUUUGAUAUAUAGAAGUAUAAAGAGUUGUGGUUUAUAUAUUUAAAAAUGUCAAGCUGAGUAUUAAAAUGUUUGCAUGUUGUCUCAGAUUGGAUACUUUGAAUGUGUUUCACAGUUUGAAAUAAGCUAUUCAAUGUAAUACUUCUUGUUUGUAUGCACCUGAGCUUAGGUUUUACAUGAAGUAUUUUUUCAGUAUUAUAUGUACCCUCUGAAACAUAUAGGGACAUGCUUAUUAUACCAAAAUGUUGUUGAAAAGCGGGCACUUAAAGCUUUCAGAAUAUCUCAAUGCUGAUGUAGCAUGUUUGUUGCAAUUGCUUAUUUCUGUAUAAAUGUCUCCAAUGCAAUAUAUUAGAAAGCCUUUCUAUUUUAAUAAAAAUAAUUUUAUAUGA